AUGGCUGAGGCAACAAUAUCGAAUGAUGUUCAACAAAAUCUAUCAUCAAAUACUGUUUCAAAUGUAAAUGAAAUACCAUUAUUAACGACAACUGAUCAUGUACCAUUAGAUUCAGGUGAUAUUAAUGAACCACCAACAAAAAAAUGUAAAAAUAUAUCAACUGAUAAACCUCGUUUACUCGAGGAACGAAUUGGAUCAAUUUUAUCAUGCUGUAUUUGUUUGGAUCUUUCGACAUUAGCAAUGUUUCAAUGUGUCAAUGGACAUCUUAUGUGUGCUUCAUGUUUUAAUCAUUUAUUAGCUGAUUGUAAAUUAAAAGAUGAACAAACAACAUGUCCAAAUUGUCGUUGUGAAAUAUCCAAAACAAAUUGUACACGAAAUUUAGCAGUUGAAAAAACAAUAUCCGAAUUACCAAUACAAUGUCAUCAUUGUUUUCAAAUAUUUUUACGUUCCGAAAUUAAAUUACAUCAAUCAGAAAACUGUCCCGAUCGACCAACAAAUUGUGAUUAUUCAUUACUUGGAUGUACUUGGAAUGGAUCAUUUCAUAAAUUAGCAUCACAUUUAAUUGUAUGUGAAUAUCCAACUAAAACUGGUUUACAAUUAAUUAAUACAAUACGAGUACAAAAAAAAUCAUGUGAUGAAGAAAAAAAAUGUCUUGAAACAGUAGUUGAUCUUCUUUCACUUAAUCAAAUUGGCGUUAGUGAUCUUAUAUUAAAACCAUUUCGAACGGAUGAUUUUGUUGCUAAACUUUAUUUCGAAACAUCACGUUUUACUGCAUUACAAUAUCAAUGGCAAGUACGUGCUCGUAUUAAUGAUAAUACUCCACAUCCACAUACAACAGUUACACGAUCAUUAAGUUAUCAAUUAGUUCUUAAAUCUAAAAUAAGUCAAACAAUUGAUUUGAAAUUUUUUAUUCUCAAAGGACCACAUGGUGAUCCAUCGACAGUACAAAUUCAACCAAUUAUUUAUCAUUUUGAAUUUAAUCAAAAUAAUACAGAAACUGAAUAUCUUAAAUUACCGAUAAGUUCACAAGAAUGUAAUCGAAUAUUAUCAUCAUCAUCAAUUAGCUUUCGUUUACUUAUGGUACAACUGGAUAGACCUUGA